AUGGCGUCCGAUUCAGACAGCUGGACGACCGACGAAUCCGGUGAUCCCGAUGCACUUCUGCUACUCCCCGUUCCGGAGACCAUCCCACGUCAAGGAGAUAAACUAUGUGACAUUUGCACAGCGCUGAACCUGGACGCGAACCGUUUUGUCGUUCUGCCAGGAGAUCCAGAGGAGAACGAUUGGAACAGAGCCGAUGAACUGAACAUUCACCUUGGAAAAGUCGAAGAAAUCCAGGGAAAGACCAAUUGUCCUCUAUGCCGCCUUGUUCUCGUGGCAAUAAGUGGUAAAGAUAUCCCGACACAUGAGAAUGGAGAGCCUCUUACAGUUUCAAUGAGCUGGAACACUAAUGGUCCGACGCCUGACCCUACACAGCCAUGGAAUCGUCGUCCCGAAGUUCGGGUCCUUCGCCCAUAUCUGCGUACGCAAAGCGGAGGAUAUCCAGAAAUGAGGUUCAAUCUCUUCCCUGAGAUCACGCUUCUGGCUAACGACUCGCCUACGGACUCUACGACCUACUUCAUCCGCCCGUACGACCAAGAGAAGAUCGAUUUUGCUGUAGCACGGAGAUGGCUAGCUCUCUGCAACCAGAAUCAUGGCAAAACGUGCCGCACAAACCGCAUCUUGAAGGAGCUAAAGAGAUCUCAUCCAACUGAAGAAGUGCCCGACUUCCGAUGUAUUGACGUGGAAAACAAAUGCGUGGCCAGGGUACCACCCAGAAAACGCUACGCUGCCCUAAGCUACGUAUGGGGUGCAGCAAUUCACUUCUCGGCUCUCACAUCCAACAUUGCAGCGCUUGAAAAGGGGGGUUCACUAGAGGAUCCCGAAUUCAAGGACAAGAUACCACUGACAAUCAGGGACGCAAUCACUGUGGCGAAAGAAGUUGGCAUUGAAUACCUAUGGGUUGACAACCUGUGCAUUAUACAAAAUGAUGAUAAACUGAAGACCGCGACAAUUAAGGCAAUGGAUCUUGUCUACAGCGCGGCAGACUUGGUUAUUGUCACAGCCGGCAGCGAUAAUGCGCAUGCAGGCAUCGCUGGCCUUCAUCCCGGCACUCGCGAGUAUCGACAGCCAAUAGAAGAGAUUGCUCCAGGCUUCAGACUUGCAUUCAGAACUCGAUGGGCUGACUCGGUUGAGGGAAGAUCUUAUAAUAAACGAGGAUGGACCUAUCAAGAAACACAUUUCGCCAACAGAUCUCUGAUCUUCAUCGAUGGAAAAGUAGUCUUUCGCUGCCAGGGUGUCGACGCGUGGGAAGAACAUCUCAUCGAAGCUCCUGACGAAAUCAAGGGCCAGCAAACGCGACGCUACGGCGGCUUUGAAGGUGGCGAUAUCGGAGAAUUUGAAGGCCUCAUUCAGAAUUACUCCGAGCGAAUUCUGUCCUUUGACAAAGACGUUUAUAACGCCUUCGCGGGGGUAUCACGACAACUCACAGUGCAGCUUGACACCGAACUUUGCCAUGGUCUCCCGACUAGAUACUUCGACUGGUUCCUACUCUGGAGACCCCUCUCACUUCAGUCGCGACGAUUGUCAAAGGAUGAACCGACGAUACUUGCCCCAAGCUGGUCUUGGUCUGGCUGGGUAGGCACGUCGUGGCCUCACAUGUGGGACUGGUAUAAUAGGAGCAUUGGAGAUAUAAAGAAAGCGAUACGGAAGCGGACCUGGAUUAUCUGGUACCAACGUGACGGGCAUGACUCGACAAGCUGCAGACGUCUUAUACGACACAAAAGUGACACCCACUCUGGCACAAAGGCAAAUAGGAACUUCUAUGGCUCCCGGGUUCGCGAACGUUUCAACCUGGACUGUUCAAAAGUUGAGCCAAGUAAGAUACUUCUUGAAUCGCUGAAUCCGCCUAAGUACGUCGAGGACAUUCUCAGCAAUUUCAGUGGGUCAGGAUAUCUACAGUUCUGGACGGUUUCUGUUACCCUUCGGCUUGAUGCGGCGCAUAGUAUCGACGAGGAGAGAGGCCCAGUGGACAAACGUCACCGCCUGGGAAUCCUCGGUCGUAGUGGACGCGAACUUGGAAUCAUUCGAGUGCAGCCAGAUUGGUUGCAGAAUAAUGUUCUCCCACAGGAGAGAGAGUUCAUCCUCAUUUGUGAGGGGAGAGAUACGAGAGCUGAGAACGGACGGAAGGACCAUGAAAAUGGAUGGAGGUACAUGGCUAUGCUGCUUGAAUGGGUAGGCAACGGAAAUCUCAGAACUGCACUGGGGUCGAUCAACAGCUCUGACGGGCCGAUGUAUGCUGAGAGGGUUGCGAUUGGUUCUAUCGGAAAGCACGACGUGGAGGAGGCGCUUGGGGACGGCCUGGUUUGGAAGGAAAUCAUACUCGGCUGA